CCUUGCGAGUUGUGACUAAUCCCUAAACCCAUGAAGCGCACUGAGUAUUCCUGCGAAAGCUUCAGUCUUUCUUCUCAGUUAAUGCUAAACCCAACAAAAAAAUGUAAAACUCCAAGGUAAGAUACUGCAUAUUCAUUUUCAUCCAUCUUAAUUUCUCCUUUCGUUGCUUUUUAUGUAUGUUUGAUCACAGUAGUUAUGACCCAUUUGCAGAAACUUAGAACAACAUCUAUUCUCAAAUGGGUUUCUUUAAAUUUAGUUGAAACCUUCAUUUCCGUAUCAAAGACACCGUUUUGGCCAUCUGGGUCUGUUUACAUUGCUCAAAACUCUAGAUUUUAUGGAACAAAAAGAGGGGUUGAGAACGCAAAUAUUGAAAAUAAAGUUAGAACUUCACCAGCUAGUAGUGAUUCUAAUUAUGUUGUUAAACUAUCUUCUGCUGCUUGGAAGGCAGCUCAAGCUGCAUUGUUGGAGUAUUUGCACUUGACUAGGAAUUUACAGUUCUUGGAAGCUGAGAAUAUGAGCAAAAACUCACCUUAUUUUGUCGAAAAGCUGUUAAAAUGGGUGGAGCAGGAGUUGGAUUUGAAGGAGAUUAUUUCUCGGUUUUUGCGGUAUCAUCCUAUUAAUGAAUUUGAGCCUUUCUUUGAGAGUAUGGGAUUGAAACCUAGUGAGUACAGUCCUUUUCUUCCACGCAAUUUGAUGUUCUUGAGUGACGAUAAUUUGUUGCUAGAGAACUAUUAUGUUUUGUGUAAUUAUGGUGUUGAGAGAAAAAAGAUAGGGAAGAUGUAUAAGGAGGCAAGGGACAUUUUUCAAUAUGAUUGUGGAGUUCUGUCAACGAAGCUUCAAUCGUAUGAGAAACUGGGGCUUAGUCAGAGUAUUAUUGGUAAAGUUAUUGUAUGUAGUCCUUAUAUCUUGAUUGGGGAUGUAAAUAGGGAGUUUGUUAAGGUGUUAGAGACAUUGAAUAGUAUAGGGGUUAAAUUCAGUUUGAUCGAGGAGCAAUUGAUGGAACAGAAUUCUUAUAAUUGGAGUAAAAUGCUUAGGCUUUUAAGCUUAUUUAGCGAGAUGGGUUUGAGUGAGGAGCAGUUAGGUACAUUAAUCUGGCAACAUCCAGGACUGCUCUUGGAGGGUUCGGGGGAUGGAGCACGUACUCUGAUAGGGCUUUUAUUAAAAUUUGGGUCUACUCUGGAUGAAGUUCGUUUGAUGUUUCUGCAGUUCCCACAAAUUCCAGUGGGAAGAUUUUUCACAAAUUUGAAGGAAUGCUUUAUGUUCUUUUUAGAGAUUGACAUGCAGAUGGAUGAGAUUGGUAAGAUUUUCCGAUCUCAUUCCAUGUUGCUGGGUACAUGUACGUUAAAGAGACCUAAUAGCAUUUUGUGCAUGUUGAAUGUUGGGAAGAAGCGACUUUGUGAAUACAUCCAGGAGAAUCCCAACAAUCUGGAAAAUCUAGUUAGGGGUUCAAAAGUUGAACGAUUACCGAGGUCAAGAGACAGAGAAAGAUCUCUAAUGGUGAAGACUAAGUUCUUGGAGGACGUGGGAUUAAUACAGAAUCCAAAUGAAGCAGAAAGAGCAGUGAAGCCUUUUCGAGGCAGAGGAGAGGAGCUUCAGGAGAGAUUUGAUUGUAUUGUGAAUGCUGGCUUAGAUAGAAAGGAUGUUUCUGAAAUGAUUAGAGUUUCCCCUCAAAUUAUUAACCAGAAAAAGAAUGUCAUUGAAGCAAAAAUGGAUUUUCUUGUGCAUGAUAUGGGUUAUCCCAUAUCAUCUUUAUUGCAAUUUCCAUCAUAUCUAAACUAUACAAUGCAGAGGAUCAAGCUUAGGCUAUCGAUGUAUAAUUUGCUUACAGAACAAGGAAAGGCGGAACCUAUGUUGGCCUUGAGUACUCUCAUUGCAUGCUCGAAUAACACAUUCAUGAAGCGGUAUGUACAUAAGCAUCCGAAAGGCCCUCAAGUUUGGCAGGAUUUAAAGAAACAAAUUUAUUUAGAGCUGUAGAAGUCAGUUCUUGUAGUUUGUACUUCAUUGGGUUCUACCAUUCAAUGAGCCAAGUCAUUGCUGACAAGAUUCAUGAUUUUGUUGUUCUACAAGCCGAGAGAUUCAUCAAACUGCUAUGUCCACGCAAAAAAAUGCGAAAGCUGAUUUUCUGUAAGUAGAGAUGGAUCUUUUCCCCAGAAAAAAGGGGGAAUGGGGACCAGAAAAUUCCCGUCACCGGGGACGGGGAUAGAGGUCUCUGGUUAGCAUUACCAAGGCAUUCUUGCUGGUAUUGGCCAUGGCAAUCUUCUCCGCCACCGUCUCUGCUCAGAAAGCUCUGGCGCCAGCGCCUUCUCCGCACACAGGAGCUGGGCUUUCUGUCCCUGUUCCUUGUUCAGUUGUUCUCUGUUUUGGGUCUCUUGAAGCAUUAAUUAGAGGAUAUUUGUUUGGUAUAGAGAGUUUAAAUUUAUUGCUAUUCUUUGUUUACUGAGUUAUUUGUGAUUUUGGGAGGAGAUUGAAGAGAUUGUAUUCUGUUGAUUCUUUGUUAUUAAUAUUAUUUAGGGACAAGGAAUGAGGCCGUAGUCUGGGGCGGGAAUCUCCCGGCCCGCGCCCCUCUCUGUCUGUAAGUAACCUAAGUGAAACCGUGACAAAAAGAUCAGUACUUGAAUUAUUACUGAGGAUUUAAGAACAGCUCAUCAAU